CCACUCCAACACUCGUUUCCUGACAUAAAGUGUAGUUUUAUUUUUUGACCUUACAGGAUUACACAUUUUGUAAUUUCAUGUUUUUGUCCGAUUUCAAGUCAUAAAAACCUACGAAUCCCAUUAUAAAAGGCUUCAUUUUUUUUGUACGCAGGAAGGUGGUGGCCGUGGUGCGAUGACAUAUGUGUCAGGUGUCAAAAGUGUCAAAUUUCAUUCAUUGUUAACUGUCAGCUUUUAAAGUUCUAAAGAGUUUUACGGUGUGGUGGAUAUUAUUUUAUUAGUUAAAAACGUGUAAAUAUGAAUAUCCUAUAGACAGUUUAAUGAAACAAAUAUUUUUACAAAGAUCAGAGAUAAGAAAUGAGUGUGCCAAAGUAGGUGUCCCAUACCAAGUCAAAACGGAGUCACUCGCUUUAAGACCACCCCAUGGGGGUUAAACAUAUCGCAGUCCUAGAUGGGCUGCAAGGAAAAUGGGUAGCUGCUUCGGCAAAUGUUUGCCCAAACCAGAUACUUCGAAGAGUCUUCGAAAUCUUAACAUACUUCAGGGUCAAAGAAAUGAACUGGAAUUUUCAUUUUUGGUGGAAGAUAGUUCCACAACACAUCAAAGAAUUAAAAGGAGUUUCUUAUCUCGUUUUUUUAAUAAAAGAAAUGAUAACAGUCAGAAGCCAGUUUUGGAUUUAGUUGAUGGUUUAUUAAAUCCGCAAGUGACUGCAUACAGUAGACUGAAUGAAUCACAACGCCUUCCAUCAACAGGAUCCUGCACAAGCAGAGAUAUUCAGCUCCAGUGCUUAGAUGCCCGGGCCUUAUUAUCACGUACAGCAACAUCAACGCCUGUAAGUUCUCUAGAUUUAGAAUGGGAACAUGAAACAAUUCCAAUUUCAAUGAUCCAUGACCCAUCAGGGAGUUCUUGGACUGCACUCCCAGAAGAUUUUUCACAUUACCCAAGUGAAUCGAGUCCUCAGAAUACAGCUCCUGUAGCAAAUAGUGAUUCAGAUUGGUCAAGAGUAUCGUCUGCUAAUUCGUUGGAGUGGGAUAACGUCCAUAAUUCAAUUCAAACUAGUCCUCCAAUGUCUGAAGUUGAUACAGACACUCAGAUGUUACUCAGUGAAAUUGAAAGACUUACAAAUAAAACCCUCAGUGAAACAGGUCAAGAUCUGUUUAGCUGAUUCCAAACACCUGUAAACGUGGUAACCUACUAGCAGAAUUAUUGUUUCAAGUGCAGUAUAUUAAUAGUUGCAAUAUGACUGAUUAUGGAUGAUGUGAAUAAGGAAUUAACUAACGAAUUACUUAAUCUUAAUGUGUUACAUAUAUUAUGGAUAAACAUGAAACAUCAAAACUGGUGCUGGUCUAAUAAAUUGUUAUAUUUUUCCCAUAUGACAGUAUAUGUAACUGCAAAUGUGUAUAUAAAUUUAUUAAAGUAAAUAAAAAUGUUUUAUUCAUGUCAUCCAUAAAUAUAAAUCAAAUUUUUUUGUGAUACUACAAAACUAAAACAUCUUAAAUAGCAAUCGAACAUAUAACAAGAAAAAUUUUGUAAAAAAUAGUUUAUCAUUAUAUAGAUGUCAUUAAAUUAACUGAAAAUAUUUUCAUGGUAAAUGGCAAAUAUUUGAAAAUAGAUAUAAAGUACUUUUUAUACAAAUUAAUCGUCACAGUUGAUUGUUCUGAUCUUCGUGUACUGAACAACGUGUGGAUCACAUUAUAGAGAAAAAACUAAACAAACUUCGCAAUGUAAUUAUGAUUUACGUUGUAAAUGUGGUAAAAAGGUGCAUGUAUUUUGUGAUUUUUAAAGUUUUGCCAUUUACUUUGCCAAAAAAAUGUCAGUGUUAAAUUUUAUUUAUAUAGUCACGUUUGUUAUCAGCAAAAAAUGUGGUAUUAGAGGCCUAAGAGAAUGGUUGUUUUGAACAAUUCCACCCACAAAGGUUGUGUUUUACCUAUGUUGUUAAUUUAAUUAGUUGUAGUUGUAAGAUUUUGUGUAUGAUCGAACAUUUAGGUUUUCCCUAGGAAAACGCGUUCUAUCCCUGCAUUGAAAUGAAUUAGACUAACUUAAUUAUCACUGCGUAGUGAAGAACACAUUAGCGGCAGUUAUUACAAAUUAUUGCUUUAAUUGAAAGUUACAGAUGAACUAGAUAAUUCUUUUAAUGACCAAACCAAGUUGAUUUUCAAUUUGGAUUGCAUUUAAAAAAUUAAUUGGUUAAUUUUAUUUUUAAAAUUGUUGUUUAUAUGGAGGGAAUUUAUAAAGCGAGUUAAAAAACCAGCAGAUUUUAUAUUGUUACAGUGUCAUCAAUUGUUUUAUGAUGUAUAAAAUCUUUGCAAUAAUUAUGCAAUGGAAGGAAUUCAGAGUUCAGAUUAUCUAAUGUAAAGAUGGAGAAAGUAAAACUAACGGGCGGGACCAAGAACUUGCUUUUUAGAGAGGCCUUUAAGUGUGUUAGAAUGGCAGAAUUGCGGGAAAUAAAUUGUUAUAAUUCAAGUCACUAAUCAAUCAUUCAUUAUGUUAUCGUACAUUUGACUGCACAGUUAUUGUUGAUUAUUCAUUAUAUUUUAGUUAUGUCGAAAUAAAAUGGACUUUAAAUUGCAAGUUUCAUAAA